CACCAGUGAUACAUCGCCAACUUGACAACCUCAGGCAUCAACUUGGAGAUCCGGGGCUGCUUAGGUCAUCAUAUCUCUUAUCGCAAUCAGGAUAGGUUGGGAUUCCUUAGAAUCGCGGCAUCUUGACCUCAUCACCGUGUGAGCAGUCGCCCGGGAUGCCCGCAUACUUUUACCAUCUUAGUCUCGAAGUCCUGCGCAGCUCUCACCCACCCAAAUCUGCGGCUGCCGCUUCAUCACUGGCCCUGGACUCUACAUGGGAAGCUCUGCUCCCGUUCCAGAAGCGGGCCCGGCCUUCAACUUCCAAUCCCACGUCUAGCGGGGGUGAUUCCCCUUCGCAAUUCACGCAGGCGCACACCCAUACACCGGGAAAAGAGACUACUCUUGAGCGACGGUUCAAAAACUCUCACGCUUCUUCCUCGUCCGAUUCCACCUCUAGCGACAGCGCACACCAUUCGCCCUCAUCAUCGCUUCCCGCCCACAACUACCCCUCUACCUCUCCCAAUAGCCCCUCCGAUCUCCAAAGCGACGUUCGUGCUGGAGCAAUCCUCAUUGAUUGCAUUGAUAUGGUGCUCCCUGAUGAUGCAUCCGGGAAGCGGACUCAAAAACGGGGGAGUACUGCGAUCCCUGCUGGCAACGAAGACAAUCUUGUGACUGCGGGUAUUGGCACUGAUAUCCUAGGCGGCCUGCGCACAAAGGGUCGCUAUAUCCCCCUCGAUCAGAAAGUCGGUGAUAGUGUCUGGGGUAUUGUACAUUUGUACCGCGAUGUCCAGGAAACGCCAUACCUCGCCGGGAACGACGAUGAUUACCCGACCUACCUCAAGGGCUCGGCCGCCGCAGCGAGACACCCAAGUGAGCAGCAGCCCAGUGGUGCGAGUCGCGCACAGCCUCACUCUCGGGGAAAGGGCUCGGCAGAACUCGAGGCGUACCCGUUCCCAAUGACGGUAUCGUCGUCUGGGAGAGAAGAAGAUGAGUGCACUACGUUGUGUAUCUUGGCCGUGCCGAGUUACUUGUCACCGCCGGACUUUUUGGGAUUUGUGGGUCAGAAGACGAUGGAUGAUGUGAGCCAUUUCCGGAUGAUACGCACGCCGCGCGCCAACCGGUACAUGGUGUUGAUGAAGUUCCGGAGUGGAGGGAAGGCGAAGGCAUGGCAGAAGGAGUGGAAUGGGAAGGUUUUCAAUAGCAUGGAGCCCGAGACUUGCCAUGUGGUAUUCGUGAAAUCAGUCGAGAUUCAGGUUGUCGAGCCCGAACCGCCAUCGAAUUUUCCGUCCACCGACGUCGGUCCCCUUUCACCUUCCCAUAAAUACCCUGUGUCAUCUGCUAGUCAAGCUACACUCUCUACCAAACCUCUUGCGCCGCCUACACCCGCCUUGAUCGAACUCCCUACCUGCCCCGUAUGCCUCGAACGGAUGGACGAAACAACGGGUCUUCUCACCAUCAUCUGUCAACACGUUUUCCACUGUACAUGUCUGCAAAAAUGGAAAGGCAGCGGAUGUCCCAUCUGUCGGUACACGCAAGACGACUUCCGCAAGGGUACUGCAUCCACAGAUAGCGACGAGGAGCCUGCCGAGUGCAGCGUUUGCCACACAGACGUCAAUCUUUGGGCUUGUCUGAUCUGCGGCUCUGUAGGCUGUGGCCGCUACGAUGGCGCUCACGCCUUUGAUCAUUGGAAGCAGACCGCCCAUGCCUUUGCCAUAGACCUCAAUUCCCAGCGCGUCUGGGACUAUGUCGGCGACGCAUACGUGCACCGCAUCAUCCAGAGCAAAACGGACGGCAAACUGGUCGAGCUCCCUGCGGCGGACCACUCAGCCCUCGACCCGCCGGAUUGGGGUGACGCCGUACCGCGUGAGAAACUCGAGAACAUGAGCGUCGAGUACACGCAUCUCCUCACCUCACAGCUAGAAAGCCAACGCGCUUACUUUGAGGAGAUCGUUGAGCGGGCAGCAGACAAGGCCUCGCAGGCUAGUGCCGCCGCCGCAUCUGCCGAACAAGCCGCGAGCGAGGCAACCGCUCGCCUUGCGGAGCUACAGGCUCAAUACGAGGCUCUCUCGUCCGACUUCAUCCCUAGCAUGGAGCGCGAACAAGGCCGUCUCGAGAAACGGGCUGAGAAAUUUGAAGCCCUGGCGCGCCGUAUGGAGAAAGAUUACCGUGAGGAGAAGACUAUUAAUACCAGUCUGAUGGAGAGACUGGAACAUAUGUCGACGGAGAAUGCGGCGCUCAAGGGUAAUGUUGAUUCGUUGAAGGCGGAGAUUGUGGAUUUGCAAGAGCAGAAUCGCGAUCUAACGUUCUUCAUUAGUGGGAGUCAGAAGCUGCAGGGUGCUGGAGAGGAUAUUGAACAGGGUACUGUUAGUGUUCCUGACCCUCCGGCAGAGGCGGCGGCGAAGAAGAAGAAGAAGAACCGUGGGAAGGGAAGAAAGUAGAUAGCCCUAAGGUGCUGUUUUGUAUGAAUAUCAUGACUGAAUGACUAUGAUAAUGGCCUUCAUGAGCUGGAUCCUGAAUUAUCGCUGCACUUAGUCAAGAGUUCUGCGAAGACGUAUAAAUGGAGACAUUGCGAAGUCCCCAUCAGCGUACAUGCCAACCUUUAUAGCGACAGAUACUAAGUGUGUGUCGGAUCAAUUCUCUCUAUAUUUACACAAAAUCCAAAGUAAUCUUACAAGUUCUCCCCAGCCCAAUCAAACACCCUUCUUAACUGCCCAAAAGUAAUUCCCCCAACUCUCCGAUCCCGGCACCAGCUUCCAUCCCAAUCCAGGAACAUAAAUCGUCCCCAUACACUUCCAAUCCAUCCCCUCCAGCGCACUCGGUCCGCCACGACUGGUCGCCGUAUCCGCAGCCCGCAUCAGACCCUCCUGCGCCCACGCAUGGAGCUCCGGCGGAUUCACAAACUUGCUCCACUCGUGCGUACCGCGCGGGACGACGCCAAUCGGCCACGGCGCUUCGGCAAUGACCUGGUUAAGCAGGAAGGAAGGGAACGUGCGGGAGAUGGUAGAACCGAUGAGCCAGCCGCCGGGUUUGAGGGCGCGCAGGCAGUUGGAGAGGAAGGCUUGCGGGGUCGUCGUUGUAGGGUCGAUAUGUUCGAUGACCUCGAAGAGAGUGACCAUGUCGAACUGGGGGUGCGUGAUUUCGCCAGUCGUGGACCCGGAUGGAGAGGAUCCGGAUGGAGAUCCGGAUGGGGAUCCGGAUGCGAGGACGUCUUCCAGGGUGGUGUUUAGGUAUUUGAAUUUUCCGCUGCGGAGGUGUGCGUCGACCGUGGGGUCCAUGCGUGCGUGGUCACGGGCAACUUGGAUGAGCAUUGUGGACGGGUCGAUGGCUGUCAUUGAGGCUGCGCGGGUUGCGGUUGGCGCCGGAGCGGAUGGGUCGAGUGGGAUUGUGCGUGCGAGGGAUUCGGCGAAGAUUCCGCCGCCGCAGCCAAUGUCCAUGUAGUGUAGGUUUGCGGCGGUUGAGGAGCUUGCGCUGGCGGUGUCGGUGGUCGUUGGAGGAGGGCUGUCGGCUAGGCAGGAUGCGAUGAACUCGUGUCGGAGGGGAUUCAUCAGGUGGAGGAUACGGGAUGGACCCAUUGGAUCCCACCAGGAGCUGGCGAGGGCUGAGAAGUGGGAGAGUUCAUCGGGAGAGACGGAGGAUGUAGAGUGGUUGCGAGUGAUGGGCGCUUUUCUGGAGAGAGGAGAGGAUGAGGGGAAACGAGAAGUGAAGUGUCGGUAUGUUGGUCGCGCUGCUGUCGACGCAGCCUGGAGGGCGCGGAGAGAGUUAGGGCGGGGUCGAAUGGAUGCCAUGUUGGUUGUUCGGAGGCUAAUGAGCCUGUUGGAUUGUAGGUAUGGGACGAGAGACUCUUGCACGAGUCUGAGCUGCUAGUCUGAGCUCUGGCAGGCCUUUUAAGACAGGGCUAUAGAGGGAGGUCACCG